AUGGCGAAGCAGUCCAGCACGAGGAUUGACCGUGCUCUGAUCUCGCGGUCGCUGCUUCUCGGCCUGGAGUCAGCAUCGCAUAAGUCACCUGACGACCCGAUCUCGGACCAUGGCUUUGCCAUCAGAGUGGCCUUCCGCUGUGGCGCUAACGCGAAGCUUGGUCCGGGUGUCUGGAGAUUUCCAUCCCACCUGCUCAACAGACCGGGGGUAAGGAAAGUGGUUGAAGCAGCGGCGAAGCAGUCAGGAGGGGACUAUGUUCUGCUACUGGCUCGACUGAAUGCGGGACUCCGUGCCUAUGCUAAGGAGGAAGGAAAGAGAGUUAAGGCGACAAUGAGACACCUGUCCGCGGCGGUGGCGAACCAAAAGCAGGCGGCCAUGGGAGCUCCCAACUGCACACGCACGAGAGAGCUCCUAAGAGCAAAGGAGAGUCAACUGCGGGAGUAUCAAGCAUCACGACGGGACAGACUCCAUCUGAUGGCUGGUUAUGGGACAGAGCUCAAGGGGGAGGUGGUCUCGAAGCACCUGUCGGCAAGGGCGAAGGCCAGGAAACAGCGCACGCGGAUAGCUGAGUUAAAUGUCAACGGCACGAUGGUGUGCGAAAAGCAGGGUAUUCUAGAUGCGGCUGCCGAUUUCUUCAACGGGCUCUUCGGAACGGAUAAACGGACUCACCGAACAAGUUGGUUACCGGACCGGAGGCUGUCGGCAGAAGAGGCGGAGGGACUGGCUCAGGAUUGGUCGGAGCAGGAAGUUAAAAAUGCUUUCAAGGCGUUGGCGUGCGGUAAGUCGCCGGGCUUGGACGGGAUCCCGAAAGAGCUGUUCGAGCUGCAUUGGGACAUCCUAGGAGAGUGCUUCAUGAACCUGGCGCGCUCCUUCGAAGCUUCUGCAUCGCUGCCUGCAACCACCAAGGAGGCGGUUACGAUCUUGCUACACAAGAAGGGCGACAAGGGCCAAAUAAGCAACUACCGGCCUAUUACGCUUUUGAACUUCACUUACAAAGUACUGGCGAAAGUGGUGGCGGACCGGAUGAAGAAGGUGCUGCACCGGGUGAUCUCGAGGGAGCAGUACGGUUUCAUACCGGGCCGGAGAUUGUCGGAUGCGGUCAGCCUGGUGGCGGACAUCAUUGAUGCUGCAAACAAAGGGGACAAGGACUGGUUUUUGCUGCUGGUGGAUUUCCAAAAAGCCUUCGACACUGUUUCCCGGGGCUUCCUUUUUGAGACGCUGGAGAAGAUGGGCUUCCCUCCGAGUUAUGUGGGCUGGGUGAGGGGCCUGCACAAGGAAACGAAAACAAGGCUGUUAAUUAACGGAUGGAAGAGCGACGCCUUGGAGGUGGUUUCGGGGGUGCGGCAGGGAUGUCCUCUCGCACCUUACCUUUUCAUCUGUGCGGUGGAACCUCUGGCCCAGGAAGCGGCGAAGAGGCAGUUGGGCAUUGUCAGUGACUCGGGGAGGAGGCUGCCUUACCUGGGUUAUGCGGACGAUACCACGCUUCUGCUGCAGGGGAGGGAGCAGAUUGCAGAGGCAGGGAAAAUGCUGGACUAUUUCGAGCGUGUUUCUGGUUUGGCCACAAACAAGGAUAAGUCGGUGGUGAUGCCGCUGGGCAGAAAUCUUGGAGGUCGUCCUUGGAGGCCGGACGGUUUCAAGUGGGCCGGUGCAAAUGAUGCGGAGAGACUGCUCGGGGUCUGGGUCACCGCCUCAGGCGACUGCAAGGCGACAUGGGACAAGACACUGCUGAGACUUCUAGGGGAAAUGGGGAAAUGGGAGCUGAAGUACCUCACGAUUACGGCGAGGGCGGUUGUCAUCAAUGGUUACAUUACCCCGAUCAUCGCCUUCCAGGCGCAGGUUUACCCGCCGCCGCAGGAGGUCUGGGGUCGGAUAUCGAAGCUGAUUCAUAAUUUCCUCUCGGGCAAUCACGCGUCGGAGGAGGGGUGUUUCAUCCUGUGGGGGAGGGAAACAAUAUUCGCAACACGGGAGGAGGGAGGAGUUGGUGUGAAGGACCCGGGGGUUCUGGUCACCUGUCUGGCCGCUAGAAGGAUCGGAAUCCUGCUCACCGAGUCGGAUGAUUUCAAACGAGACAUGAUGCUCGCAGCAGCAGGCCUCCCGCUGGGACUGGAUACUUUCCUAUCGCAUGAGAAGCUGUUAAAACAUUGGGUUGGGGGGAGCGCGCGAUGGAAGCAAACCUGCGAAUGUUUCAUGGCGUCGCCGUUCGCUUCGGUCAGCAUGCCUCUCACCGCAGCAGAAGUUGCCGCAGAGAGAUUGGUUUUCAACAGAGGCAUUCUGCUUAACGGGAGAACGCCGGUUGGGGGACAGAAGGCUGCUAAGGCGCUUUGGGAGAUCAAGCUGGGGGACCUGGUGGCGCCCAUGGCGAACGGUGGGAUGGCAGCAAAGAGCGAGGAGACCCUAGCAUUGUCGCUUGGAACAGCUUCUGCUCGGCUGGCGCUGAAGGGGCUGGCUGCCGCGCCUGAGAACUGGAGGGAGCUGCUGCUCGCCUCAUCGGAAGGAAAUCAGGGCGCAGGCACGGGGGGAAGGGCAGCUGUAGCCCCUGGGGCCAGUGCUGGGAGCUUUGAAAACAGCCCUCAAGAUGCUUAA